AGCCUUCCCAGCGGCUGCCGCCAGCCCCUCCACUUCGCGGAUCAAGAAGCCCCCACUAGAAGUAGCAGACCCAAGAGCCUGUGCCUUUCCUUCUGUCCCCUCCUUCCUUCCCCUCCCUGUGUCCCUCUGUUUUGUUUGAAAUAACAAAGAGAAAGAGCCAGAAAAGGCAACACCCACACUUAAGUUACCAGCUGGGCAACCGUAUGUCCUGGUUUGCCCGGGACAGUCCCGGUUCUCACCUAACACCCCACGUAAUAAAUAAUAGCACCUGCUGUGCUCUCAGAUGUGCCCUGGUUUGGACCUCGCUGAAGCCAGAUAAACUCCCUUUCCACUCUGGAGCUGAAGGAAAAAUGUAACAGGAGAGAAAAAGGGAGAGUCCUAGGACGGAGCAACCACUGAGCAACCACUGAGCAAUCUCUGAAGGCUUCCUGGAAGAGGUGGGGCUGAGUCGUGCCUGGAGGAAGGGAGAUACCCCUACCCAGGUGCCGAGGCCGGAACCCAGGCCGGUGCUCAGCUUUAUUGGUCUGCUUCAAUAGUCUGCUCUGGGGGGGACCCCAGAAAGUACAGAGCGUGAGCAAGGGGCAGAGUUGGGGCCGUGCCCCUGUGAUGGGAACCGCCCCUGACAGCCCCCGGCCGCCCUCCCCGUGUCCUGCCGGGCCCUGGUGGUGCUGCCCAGCGCCCGUGGGGUGGACGAGGUGUUCUGGCAGCUGCUGUCCCGGCAGGAUCUGGGCCGUGCUCGGCCUGACAGAGGGCCUGGCCCCUGGAAAGCCACAGCCCGCUGUCCUCCCCGCCACGGCCCUGAAGCGAUUCUGGAGAACCUUCGCGACUUCUCCAAGUCUACGGAGCAGUUUCCUAACUGGGGUUGGACCUCCUGGAAUCAAGGAGACAUCUCAUCCUGCAUGGUGGCGCGGGACGCAAGCUCUGCGCCAUGCACCUUGGAUCCCAGGUGACGAUCGGCAAAUCACCUGACGCCCCCGCCCCCCUCACCCGGCUGAGCCUUAUCAUCUGGAACAUGCGGGAAGAACAGUGCCUCCUCGCAGGGCUGCGAGCAUUCUGUGAACUGGCACCUACCAAGUGCGGCAGACGGCCUUGGUAUCCAGUAGGUGCUCGCUAAACACCGGCUGCCACGGUCCCUCUUGCUGCACAGGAAAACUGAGAUUGACAGACACCCAAGUCACAUGCCAGCCUGGGAGCAGCUGAGAGCGAGCGGACCCUGGGUAAGCAGAAGAACGGAGAGAAGGGUGUUAGGCCCAUAGGGGUGAGUUCCUGAGAAAUGUCAGAGAGGCUCCUGGAGAGACGUGGACUCAGAAGUGAAGGGCCUCUGAAGGCUGCCUGGCUUCCUAAACCUCCUGCCCCGACUUGCAGGCCCUGUGCUCCCCAGCAUUACAUGAGUUCCCAGAAGAUAAACAAGCGGCUUGUUGCAGAGAAAACAGGCUUUGGAUCCCAGCUCAGCUGGAGCCACACACGGGAAGGGAGAGAGGGGAGAGAGAGGGGAGGCCCUUGGGCUGCCAGACAGCGCCUUCCCACCAGAGCUGGCAAGAGGGGGCGUGCAGGGCUGGAGAAGCCAUGGCUGGACCGGCCUCUGUGCCCUCCGAGCAGCUGCCACUUGGCAGCAGGGGCAGGAGUCCUCCGAGUGCCUCUGUCAAAGCACUCAGCACCAGCACCCGCUCCAAGUGAGGCCUGCCAAGCACUUCUCGGGGCCUGAGCCAAGUACCCAAGUGGAGGCCCUGCCUUUCCAGCCCCAGAGGCCCAGGGCUGGGAGCCCAUUUGCCCAACAAAGAGACAAAAGGCUCUGUGGGGCCAGGACUUCAGGUAGCCAUCAGGGGCCAGGACCAACUCCCUGUUCCUGAGAGCCAGGCCCUGUGCUAAGCACAGGAUGUAGAUCUACUCUUGGAUCCUCACAGUGACUGAGGAGGGGGGUGAGAGUGAGGGAACCAGGGUACAGGGAUGUUACCUGCCUGAUACCAAGGCUGGGAAGAGCAGAGGCCGGAUUUGUACUUAGGGAGCAGGAGUCCAGAAAAAUGAAGCAGGCCCUGGAUCGGCAUCUACAUACAUUCAACUCCUGGGCAAGUCAUAUCGCUUAUUCCCCUGGACCCCCUACUCCAGGAACUCAGCUCCUAGGAACCCGCGUGAUUCUCCACUGGCUUCCUUCUUUUGUGUCCCCAGCCUGAGUCUUGAAGGUCACCUUUCCCGAGAGAGGUAGGUGAGCCACAGCACCCGCAUGCAGAGCUACCCAGUGUCCAUGGAGGAGAAGAGGUGUGCAUGUGUUUUCCUGCUGUUUGCACAGACAAGGCUAAGCAGGAUGGAAGUGUGCAGUCUCAGGUAGGUUCUCGGAAGCAGAUAAGGAGACAAGGAUGUGUGUGCAAGUGCUUUCUAAGGCAGAGCAUUCAGGGAGACUGAGGAGAGGACAGGAGCAGGGAGCCGAGGAGGCAAGAGGCAAAUCCAGGUAAAGCCCCAGCCUGGCAGGAGCCCCAGAGGGUCAUCUGCAUCCUUUGCUGGAAGCCAAGGGGCUGGGCUUCAUGCCCCACACCUGCAAGGGCACACGAGCUCCCAGCUCUUCCCCUGAAGUACAUGGGGGCCAAGGGAGGGUGUCUGGGUGGAGCGCCACAGGCUCGGACCCACGGUCUCGGAGCUCACAGAGCACUGGAUGAACUGCCCAGGAGAACGUGCCGCGGGGCCAGAGAUGGGCAGCCAACUGUCAGCAGGCCCGGCCCCUCCUACACGGGACUGGUGUUACUGCCCGGCACCCUCUGCCUCUGGGUGAGGCGGGAACUGGUUCAGGCCAAAAAGGAAGCGACGUGGGUCGCCUCAAGGCCAAGGUGGGUGAGUAUCCGUGUUCUCUUCCUUGUGUCUGCUGGUGAGGGAAGCAGGGCACUCUGGAAGAAAUGUCAGAGCCAUGGGCUCAGGGGACAACUAGGACCCUGUGUCACCCACCAGGAACCACGAUGGGUUCAGGAGUAUCUGUUACAGCACCGGUCAGGGCUUGCCCUAACACAAUUGAUUUUAUUUUUAAAAUUAUUUUUUAAAGAUUUUACUUAUUUGACAGUGAGCAGAGAGAGAGAGCACAAGCAGGGGGAGCAGCAGAAGGAGAGGGAGAAGCAGACUCCCCGCUUGAGCAGGGAGCAGAUGCAGGGCUGGAUCCCAGGACACCAGGGUCAUGACCUCAGCUGAAGGCAGACGCUUCACCGACUGAGCCACCCAGGCACCCCUCCACUAUCUCUCUUUAUAGAGAUAUUAUUAGGUACUGCCACAGCUCCGAAAAGGACAUCUAGGGCCCAGAGGGCGCAACUCUGGGGCUAUCACUUAGCUAUGCAUAUGGCAGCCCUGAUGACCACACAAGAAGCACAUUCAUCACAGAGACCACAACCCUGGGGUUGUGCAGUGUGCAAUCUGCACAACCUUGCACGGCAACCCUGAGUACCUCCGUGAUGUUCAUCCCACUGAUGUUCAUCCCGCUACAGGAAGACUACAUUUUUACCACACCUACUCGCAGUUGGAACAGCUAAGCUUGGGGAAGAUUCUGAACCUUGCAAAGUCUCCAUGUCUGGGGAGUACCUCUCUGCCUUGGAAACUUGGACCUAGGUCUCGGACACCGAGCCACACUCUCACGUAUCACCAGAUGGUGCUGCUCUCUCCCAAGGAGGCUGUGGCUGCACAAAGAUAAUUGUUCAGGAAUGCCUGUUCCCAUCAGUUUGUGAUGAAUUGGGAGUGUCCUCUUGCUGGAUUUUAUACCACAGGCAAGUAUGCCACAUGAGAAAUGGAUCUUGCUUUGAUUAAAGGCUUAAGAAUAUGGGACAGAGCUGAGCCUGGGGGCUCGUGAUCCUAUGAGGGAAGGCCAUCUUAUGGCCAGGCUUUGGUUAUCUCCUACCAGCUGGAGACGUCUGGUCAGUCCAAGCUACGUGGCUUGCCUGCACAAGAGUCCUGGCCCUGAGGUCCCUACCUCCCCGGCAGCCCCAGAGCUAUACUCCCUGCAGUCAGCAAGUGACCACGUCCUAGGAGGGCAUUCUGCACCACGCUACAUCCACCUCUGGGAGAGAAGCAAGCAGGGUGGCCACCUGAGUACCUGGGGGGCGCCGGGCCCAGCCACCUGGCCUGGCACAAGGGCUCCUGCUGUGACAGCUCCCCACCCCCCUCCCGCCAGCAAAUGCUGCUGUCUCUUUGUACAAGACGUUUGCAGGGAUUCGAGGGUCAGAAGUGGACUGCACUGGGUAGCUACCCUGCCAGGCAGCAGAUGCCUACAGCCACCCAGGCCUUCUGGGAAAGGCCCCUGCCCCCAUGAGCACUGGGGUGGAAGCCAUCAUCUCAGGAGGUGGGGGGAGGCCGUGGAGAGACGGGUUUGGAGCUCUGGAGAGAGGAAGUGCCAGGAAGGGGUGUGUGUGUGUGUGUGUGUGUGUGUUUGUGUGCCCAUGUGCACAGGUCAGAGAGUCCCGGGGCAUGUGUGUGCACAUCGGUCCACGUGUCUGUACCCGUGUGUGUACCCUUGUGUGUGGUGCGUUUGCCAGGUCCCGUUCCUGCACGCCCCAGCUCCUGUAUCCGUGUGUCUGGAUGUGCUCACCCCCAGCGCCUGCCCGCCAUCCAGCUGGCAGUGCACAGCUGGACCUGGAGGCUGUGCCUGCCCGCCCGAUGAGAGGUGGCAGGUGUGUAAUAAACCAUUAGUCACUGUCACGUUUCUGAGCAGCAUCAGCGGCCUCCCGGGGAGGAGCCUGAAGACAGGACGGCGCUCCUGGCAGGCCUCUGGCUGUGAAGCUGCGCACCCCCCUCCGGGCAGGGCUGCAGCCUGACGGUAGCAGCUGGCAGACGCGGGCCUUGGGCCCCUGCUCC